AUGACCAAGGCGCAUGAGAUGGCACGAGAUGCUUACGUCAGCAUGAUGGUGCCAACAAUGGUAAUGCGUCCUCGACGGCCCGUGGUUUACCUCGAUGAAAGUUUCAUUCAUCACUACACUCGUCAUGAGGACAGUCUGUACGACCCCGAGCACAGCACAACGAGGUCAAAACACAAAGGACGUCGAUAUUGCUUUAUCGCUGGAAUUAUUGAUGAUGGAUCGGAUGUGUCACAUCUCUUGGGCCUGGACACUUUAGUUGGUGGAAAGAAGAACGGGAAGACAGUGAAAGACUACCAUUCAAUGUUCAACCAUGCAUACUUUGUCGACUGGUUUGAGAAGCUGCUCGAUGAAGUUGAGUACCUUGGAUGGGCAUCGGCUGUCUUUGUCAUGGACAACGCCAAAUAUCACAAGGGGUGGCCGUUUGACACUCCCAAGGGCAACUAG